AUGAAGAAAGGGGAGGUGAUUGCAAAGUGCAAUUUCGAUAAGAAGCUGCCACCUUUUGAAAUUCAGGUGAAAGUGGACUACUUCAAUUUCGGUGUUUCCUUGUUCUGGGUCGAUUAUCCCCUUUAUAUAGCGGUACAUGACGUGACAUUGGACACUUCGAAGGCCACCGCGGGCAAGGUGACCUGCCUGUCCGACGCUGUCCCUCCAGCCUCCAUCUGGAAGUUCAACGUGACAAAAAGGAUCAAAAUGAAGAACGUACCCACAAAGUUCACUGCGAAGGAUAACGAGGUGUUCAUCAGUGGGCAUGGCACUUACAGAGUUCUGUGCGAGGCCUUCAACCUCAUUGGCAAGGAACUCACCACCUCAUCCGCCAACGUAACCGUCAAGGUCCAGCAAGUGAGAUCAAGUGGAUACACCCUCGUGUCUGGCACGUUGAUCGGGCUCUUUUUGGUGGCCAUCCUCAUCGGCGUGGCCGCUGUCGUCGUCCGCAAAGCGGCCGUGAUGGAGAAAGCGUCGACGGUGACGAUGUACGGUGGCUCCAUCCAGUCCGAAGAUGGCGUUAUUGUGCCGGCCACUGAUUUGAAAGCUGAAAACGCUGAUAAAGCGUCAACUGUGAGUAUGUACAGUGGCUCCAUGCUAUCAACUGAUGGUAGGGCUGCCCAUAUCACGGCAACCCCUGCCCCUUCCAUUGCUUAG